CAUCACUAAUGUGUUCCCCAUCAUCGCUGUGGGGUAGCUCGCUGUCCUUCCCGGCUGACAGAGCCUCCGUGGCUCGUCUCGUCCGCAUGUAUAAGACCCUGCCAUCGCGCCUCCCUUCUGCCCAGUGUCCAGUCUUGGCCCAGGUCGCUCUUGCCCCCUCAGACUCUUGUGAACACACCUGUCCCACAAGCUCAGUCCGCCCAGAGCAUCUAUUCUGCCAUAUCUGCCACCAUGUCUUCCCACGAGAAGCAUGAUGUUGAGACGUCUUCCGGCCACGACAUUGCCCCUGCGACGUCCACUGCGAGCAAUGGCCUUGCCUUGAAGCCCACUGCCCUGGAGCGCGAGCGCGCCGAGCAACUUGCCCGCCUACCCGACCCCGAUGCUGGCAAGUCGCCCGAGGAGAGAGCAGAGAUCGAUCGCAAGCUCAUGUGGAAGGUCGACCUGUGGUUGAUUCCCUGGCUGUCUUUGCUCUACCUGCUUUCGUUCCUGGACCGGACCAACAUUGGAAAUGCCCGCCUCGCCGGCAUGGAGAACGACCUACACAUGUUCGGCACUGACUACAACUUGUCGCUGACCAUCUUCUUCAUCUCGUACGCCCUGUUCGAGCCCCUCACAAACACACUCCUCAAGCGCCUCACCCCGAGAAUCUUCUUCACCGGCAUCAUCGUUGCCUGGGGCAUCAUCAUGACCCUCAUGGGCUUGUGCCACAACUUUGCUGGCCUUCUGGCUGCCCGUUUCUUCCUGGGUAUUGCCGAGGCUGGUCUGUUCCCCGGUGUCAACUACUACCUCUCCUGCUGGUACAAGGGAUCUGAACUCGGUGCACGUAGCGCCAUAUUUUUCUCCGCUGCUGCUCUCGCAGGAUCCUUCGGUGGCCUGCUUGCCGCAGCCAUUUCGAAGAUGGACAAGAUUGGUGGUGUCGCCGGAUGGCAAUGGAUCUUCAUCAUCGAGGGUCUUGCUACGGUUUUUGUCGGCCUCUUCUGCUGGUGGAUGGUGUUUGACUGGCCCGAGACUGCUCGUUUCCUGUCAGAGGACGACAAGAUUCGCCUUCAGCGCCGCAUCAUUCAAGACCGUCAGGGACACGCCGCCACGGACUUCGACAAGAAAUACAUCUACGAGGCCCUGAAGGACUGGAAGACCUAUGGCUACAUGGUCAUCUACAUGGGCUGCCUCUGCCCUCUAUACGCCUUCAGCUUGUUCCUUCCUACCAUCAUUGCCGCCAUUGGCUACAGCGGUACUACUGCUCAGCUUCUCACUGUGCCUCCCUACGCCGUUGCUGCUCUGGCCACUGUCACUGUCGGCUUCAUCGCUGACCGCACCCGGUGGCGCGGAUAUUGCAACAUUGCCGUCGUUCUUGUUGGCAUUGUUGGGUUUUCCAUGCUUCUCGGCUCCGGCGAUCCCCAUGUUCAAUACGCUGGAACUUUCCUUGGCGCAUUUGGCAUCUAUCCUACAAUCUCCAACUCCCUUUCAUGGGCAUCCAACAAUAUCGAAGGAUCCCUGAAGCGUGCCGUCGCCAUUGGCAUGAUUGUCGGCUGGGGCAACCUCAACGGUGUUGUCUCCUCCAACAUUUAUAUCUCGACCCAGAAGCCACGCUACCUUACUGGCCACGGCGUCGUGCUUGCCUACCAGGUCCUCUUCCUUCUCGGCGGUACCAUCUUCAUGCACUUCGCCCUGAAGGCUGAGAACAAGAAACGCCUCUCGGGCGCGCGCGACAAUAUGAAUGACGGCCUCACCGACGAGCAGAAGCUCGUUCGUGGCGACAACCGCCCCGACUUCAUCUACACCACUUGAGAGGGGGUAAGAAGGGUAGUAUGUGGUGGAAGAAUGAUUGCGGGAAUUCGAAAACAUAUGAGCAGCUAGCUUGCUCGCGAUAUCUGCAACUUGUUGCACUCCCAGUAGCACUAUUCGUAGAUGGUGCUACCUCGCUAAAUAUCAGACGUCAGAGCUCAUUCAUGUUUGAAUGUUUGACAGUGACCCUGCUUAUGUUCUGUGAAAACGGUGCCGAGGGACAGGGGCAAGAAGAUAGUAAACAGGAGGCGUGUCUCGACGUGCUCAUGAGGUAUUGGAAUCGACCACGUGAGGAUGGCGCAUGCGCCGGAGUGUCUGCCCGUGGGACAAGGCCAGGACCAAGUGAGUAGCUCCGUAAUCGCGCUGGGCGUUGCCGUCGUUACAUCAUAGUCCACAAAAGAAAGUUAAACCCAAAAUUCAAGGUGCC